AUGGAGGAUUUUCGUGCUGAAAUGAUGGCAGAAAUUAAGCAACUAAAAGCCAGACAAGGAGGGGGGAGACUAGAAGAGGUGAUGAGAGAAGCAAACACCACGACGUUGAUCCCGCACUUGGCGAAAGCACUUAUCCCUCAGAAGUGCCAUGUUCCAGCAUUCGAAUGUUAUGAUGGAUCCAACGAUCCCGCAGCACAUCUUCGUUACUACAAUCGUAUCUUGGCCCGCUGGGAGAAAGACGAUGCAGUCCUCUGCAGGUAUUUCCCUUCAAGUCUAAAGGGAUCAGCACUAUCUUGGUUCGACAACCUACCACCCAACUCCAUCAACUCCUACGACCAGCUCGUUGAGAAAUUCUUAGAAACUUACAUGUACAAUAAGGUUUUCAACGCAAGAAUGGACAAGCUAUUCUCACUAGAAAUAGUUUACAAAGAUACAAUCAGGGAGUAUACUGACAGAUGGCACAGAAUUUGUCAAGCCAUAGGGAACGUAGAUCCAGUGGUCAGCAUCAACUGUUACAAAUGGGGAUUGGAUAGAAUGAGCCCAUUAUUUGUGGAGAUUCAUGGAAGUGUACUUACGACAGAAGGAGACCUUCGAGUAAUCAUUGAAAAGCACGCCAGGUUAGAAGAGAUCCAGCGGGAGAACCCAAGGGCCCAAACUCAAAGAUCUCACCGGACUAAUUGCGUAGAACAAGCCAGCGGAUCGAAGAGAGGCGGUUCAGCUGAACGUCCUAAUUAUGAUAAGAGAGGACGAAGGGACGACCGUCAACGUCAUGACCGUAAAUUCGAAGAUCAAGUUUUCACGAAGCUGAACACCAACUACACCCGCAUUCUAAAGGAAAUAAAGGACCGGGAAAACCUGGAAUGA